AUGAUGCCCCAGGAGGCCUCUGCUGUUUGCCCCAGACCCAAUAGCUUUGCGUUCUAUUUUCAGCCCCUGCACAAGGGAUGUAGUUCCAAAGGAAAAAGAGUCAGCUACGCAUUGAUUCCUCGCAGCCUGCUGGACUGUUUAUGUCUUUACAAAGCACUCGCCCCGGAAAGGAACACGGACAGCGCUAGACAUUCCAGAAAACAAACCGUCCCAACAUCAGGCCUCCUGUACCCGCCCGUGGGCAGCCAAGCCAAGAACAGGAGUGGAUUCUUGAGUGGAAGGCUCCAAGGGAGACUCUGGAAGGUCCUGGCCCCCAGCGAUCUUGGAGAUUCUCUUAUCUACUCUGCGUGGAAAGAAACCCUCUGGCUCUUGACCAUGUCUGCCCCCUUAUGGAGAUGUAGGAUACUUCGGAUAGAAGAAAACAGGUUAAUGCCCCAGGAAGAUCUUGUGUGA